CUUCCCAUGUUAUUUGCCAGGCUUGCCUAUGAAUUGACAGGGGAGCCAACAUGGACGAGGAUCGGGCCCCGCCAAAUGCAAUCCCCCACCUGGAAAAAAAAAGGGCAGAAUGCAAUUGAGCAUGCAAUUGACCAACCAUGCCAAAUUUGCUGGAGGGGAUAUCCACUCGGCAGCGUUCGUUCCAAUAUCCAUCAAUUUGGUCCAUGCUGCAUCUGCGAGGUCGCCGUGUUUGGGAAUUUUAGCGUUCCCGGUGCCAAAAUAGACGGCAAAGUCUAGGUAGCCUAUUCCAUCAAGCUUCGAACACCCCGUUCCUAGCAAACACCGGGGAAGUCGCCGCACCCAGAACGGGCCAAGUGUCGUCGGCUCAAAAACAGCCCAGCAGCCAGCCAACCACUCCUCACAGCGGGGCCCAACAAAACCGAAGCGAUGGCGGGGUCGCAGCAAGGAACAGAAGCGGCCACAGCCGCCCCAGCUGACGUCGACCAUGCCGCCGCCUUCCCCUUCCCGCUACCCCCGAUCCUCACCCACCCCUCGGGCGCGGCCCCGACCCUGAUAACGCAGGGGGCCGAGGGGCGGCUCUACAAGACGACGUACCUGCGCCCGGACCUGUCGUGCGCCCUCAAGCACCGCCCGUCCAAACCGUACCGCCACCCGCUGCUGGACGCCCGCCUGACCCGCCAGCGCAUCCUGGCCGAGGCCCGCAUCCUCGCCCGCUGCCGCCGCGAUGCCGCCCCCGCCCCGUCCGGGGCCCCGGCCGUCCCGGCCGUCUACGCCCUCGACGAGGCCGCCGGCUGGCUGAUGAUGGAGUGGAUCGACGGCGCCCCGGUCCGCGCGCGCCUCAACGAGUGGCUGCGCCGGAGCACCGCCGCCCCCGCCGCGGCCGGUGCCGCGGCCGGUGCGGGAGGGGUGUAUCCGUCCCUCGUGAAGCUCAUGCGCAAGGUUGGCGCCGCUGUCGGGGGCAUCCACCGCGUCGGCGUCGUCCAUGGCGACCUGACCACCAGCAACUUGAUGCUCCGGCCCUGGGCCUUGGGAGGCGGUCGCGACGGUGAUGGCGCCGCCGAAGACAGCGUCGAUGCGCUGCUGGACGGCGACAUAGUCGUCAUCGACUUUGGCCUGGCGAGCCAGAGCACCUCGGAUGAGGACAGGGCCGUCGACCUGUACGUGCUCGAGAGGGCGUUCGGGAGCACCCACCCCAGGGCCGAAGGCCUGUUCCCCGAGGUCCUCAAGGGGUAUCAGGAUGCCUUCAAAAAGGCAACUCCAGUGCUGAGGAAGCUAGAGGACGUACGGAUGCGAGGGCGCAAGAGGAGCAUGAUUGGCUGAGGUGAGUAUUGAUGGGUAAAGGAAUGAGAGGGAGAAAAGGGGUCAAACUACACUCAUUUUCUGAAAAGAGGAAAAAUGACGAUUUCUCUAUUGACGAUAUACCCAAAGACAAAUUCAAAAGAUGAAUGAAGAAAUUGUGCCUGCCGUGAUCACUAA